GUUGUUUAUGUAUCCCUUAGCAACUGAAGCCAGCAUAAGUUGCCAUCGCUGGACAGUGGAUCGCUUAGAUUUUCGAGAAAAAUGAACACAAACGGGUCAGCAAAAGGGUCCAGGAGGGGCCAAUGUGAACAGAUAGAUGAUCCUCAACCAGGUCUUCAACGAUUAGAGCUCAUCGGUGCUAUUGGAUUCGAUGGCGAUGUUUGUGGUGGUCUCUUGGUAGUACAGCGAGGAAAACAGCAAUCCUUAGUUUAUCCCCUUGGCAGCACAAUCAUUGUUGCUGAUAUAGAGGGCAAAGAACCUCAGAAGUUCCUGACUGGACAUACUCAGGAUGUCACUUGUGUGGCUGCAUCGAAAGAUGGAACCCGCCUGGCUUCUGGACAGGUUACGCAUCAAGGCUUCAUGGCUGACAUCAUCAUCUGGAAUCUUGAGACCAUGUGUGAGAGCAAGAGAUUUGUUCUCCACAAAGUAAAAGUUGAGGCCCUUGCAUUUUCUCCAAAUGGCUGCUACCUGUUGUCAUUAGGAGGACAAGAUGAUGGAAGUGUUGUGAUCUGGGAUGUAAACAAACAGACAGACAAGAAGAAGUCCAACUUAUCAGCCAUAUGUGGUCACCCUGCCCAAGUUAUGUCAGCCGGAAAUACCAAAUGUGUAGCGUAUGCAAACAAAACAGACAAUAUCUUCGUAACUGGAGGAGAUUCCACUCUCCGAGUUUGGAAACUAGAUGUCCAGAGCCGAAAGAUGAUUCCAACUGAUGUAAACAUGGGUCAAGUCAAGAGAACUAUACUUUGCAUGCAGAUGGCAGAGGAUGACAAAACAUUCUACUGUGGCACUACAACUGGAGACAUCUUACUGAUCAAUGCAGAGACACAUCUCUUCCAACGUUUCGUGGAAGGCAAAGAAUUGUUCCAAAUCGGUGUAACAGCGUUGAAAUUACUCUCAAAUAAAGACCUCAUCAUUGGCGCUGGUGACGGAACAGUGGCUGUCCUCAAGGAGGGGGCGAAGAAAGUAUGCAAAAAGACAAAAGUCAAUGGCAAAAUCACAUCGAUUGCGCUUCGUGGAAAAGGACAUCAAUUUUUCGUUGGAACAGAUACAUCACAUACAUACAAGUUCAGCUUUGAUGAAUUUAAGUGCGAACUGAUUGGAACAAGCCAUUACAAUGCGGUCAAUGAUAUCGCUUUUGCAAGGGCAACUGGUUCACUGUUCACCACCUGUGCCAGAGAAGAUGUACGAGUGUGGCAUGCCAGCAACAAGGGGAUAGUGAAAGAGUUAUUGCGGAUAAAGGUGGCCAACAUGGAGUGCAAUGCUGUAGAGAUUUUACCAAAGGGAAAUGGCAUUGUCACAGGCUGGGAUGAUGGUAAAAUUAAAUGUUUCACUCCAGAAAAAGGGAAAAUUAUGUUCACUAUUGAGGAUGGUCACAACCUUGGUGUAACCGCUCUAGCCUGUAUGUGCGAUCCUAAAGAUGCCACCUUCAAGUUAGUUACUGGUGGAGGUGAUGGCCAAGUCCGUGUGUGGUCUAUCAUGAAAACGUACACAACCAGUGGGAAGGAAACCUACGUGAGCCAUCUGGAUGAGACAAUGAAAGAGCACAAGGCUUUGGUUUCCUUUAUCAAGUUGAAGAGAGAUGAUAUGGAGUGCGUCUCUGCGAGUUCUGACGGUACAUGCAUCAUCUGGGAUUUGGUUACACAUGUGAGGAAGCAGAUCAUGUUCGCCAACACGCUGUUCAAGGGCGUCUGCUACAACCAUCAGGAGAACCAGGUGAUCACCUGUGGAACAGACCGAAAGAUUGGAUACUGGGACACCUACAAUGGCGAAAUUCGACGAGAACUUGAUGGAUCAAAAGCUGGAUCAGUGAAUGGCGUGGAUAUCUCACCGUGUGGAAAGUACUUUGUCUCUGGUCAUGAAGACAAAAUGCUCAAGGUUUGGCUUUAUGACGAAGGCGAAGUGACACAUGUUGGUAUCGGACAUUCCGGGCCCAUCACCCGUGUAAGGGUAUGCCCAGUUGGACGCUCUAUCAUCUCAACAAGCACAGACGGUGCUGUCCUCAUUUGGCGAUGCCCCAACUUUCUUCACUGAUAAGUUUGACGCUAUUUAAAUUUGCAAGAGACUACUAGUAAAAUUCUUUCACAAAAAAAACACUAUGAGGAUUUGAAAGGACUGUUACUUUUGACCACAGAAAACAUGUGGAGACAGUGUACAUUGACAGCUAUGGGAACUGAAGAAUUAUCCAUUAAAAUUUGAUUUGAUCCGUCCAUAUUUGAUAAUUCAUCUGUAUUUUGCAUCUUGGGGUAGAUUUUGCUGUCGACUUCAGUUGAUAGUUUCAACUUAGAUUGGAUGUUACCACUCAGAUUGCAGAGUUGAUGAUGCUGAAGAUGUUGUCAACAUCUUUUAAUGUAACAUUUUGAAUGAUUAAUUUUGCAGCUGCCUGCAUGAACUUGAUUAGUUUGUUUAUUCGAUUUCAAGAAUUUCAGUAUUGUGGAUAUUCUUUGAAUCGACAAUAAAUGGAAACCAAAUUUAUGAUUAAAAGAUAAAAACCACAGGAGCACUCUCAUUGUCUGUGAACAAAUUGCACUAGGAUUUCAUUAAAAAACCAAAGUUUGUUGAACAAAUAUCCGAUUUUAAAAGUUUUUAAAAGCAUAAAUGGUGAUUUCACAUUCACAUCACUAGUACUAUUAGAAAUGUUGCAUAAAACGUGGCAGUUGAUGAGGUUGAAUUCAGAAAAACAGUGCAGUUGGUGCCAGUUCAAGGAGACAACUCAUUUUCUCUGGUGGAUUUCAGUAACAUUCCAAAGUUGAUGUUGUGUCAAGCUAUGACGUGUAUUUGCUGACCCACUGUCACAUCUAUGGUUGAUUUCACAAUGAUAUCUUUCAGUGGGACACAUUGAUGAAUCGAAAGAUUUCGUGAUAGUUGAGUAUUCACUUCUCUCUGUGAGUGCUAUUUGUGCUACCUGCUUGAUGUACUGUAGAAAAAUUCUUGGUUUCUUACUUUCCUAACAAAAGCAAUGAGGAGGUGUGUCUUCAUUGUAACUUUCUCCAGACAAUUUGUUAAAAUACUUCUGUAAAUUGAUGACACAAAUGUACAUAUUAUUUCUUCAGCUGAACACCAUAGGCUGAAAAUCAAAAUCAGCAUUGUGUAUUGAGUAGAUGUGAUAAUAUUUAGUAGUGUGAGUUACAUAAUUACAAAACAUUGUUAUUGUAUUCAUUUUUGUAUAAAUAAAUUCAUCACCUUUAAA